UGGAGGAUAUAGCGUUACAGUUGCAGAGAAAGUGCAGUCGCGUGGACAAAUACAUUGCAAGGGCCAUGACGAGGUAGACUGCGAGAUCGAGUUCAUUGUUCUCCUAUAAGGUGUCUGUUCAAGAGACUUCUAACAGGAGGAUGGAAGCUGUCCUUGAGUCUGGUGAGAUCUGCAGCCAAGGAAUGGAAGAAAACGACGGUGCCGGGGAGGGAAUUGCACCAGGACGCGGGUUGGGGAUGUUCCGUCAGACUUCGCCGGAGAGAGAAGCAGAAGGAACACCGGAACACGGAGAAGCAGGGAGAACGGGCGAUUGGAGCGACACGCAGGACACGCCGGCCGAUCAGAAGUUGCCUGAGGAACAGAGCCCCCCGGUCGUCCUGCGGAGAUUGCGGAAGUACAGGGCCUCGGCGACGAAGGGAAGCUCGAGCCAAAGAACCCGUCAGUACAGGCCGGAGUCGCCAGGAUCUGAAGACCGCCGCCCUCUGGACGUGGGAACAAAUGGCGGGGAGGAGCAGUUCACGCGCUCGGAGUGCGGACGGGGCUUCAGCCAAGCGAGGCACCUGCUCAGUCACACCGGAGAGAAGCGGUGGGAGUGUGGGGAAUGCGGGAAGGGCUUCCUCUGGCCGUCCCAUCUAGAAAUCCACCUACGCAGUCACACCGGGGAGAGGCCCUUCACCUGCCCCGUGUGCGGGAAGGGGUUCACCCAGACGUCCAACCUGCAGGAGCACAGGCGGGUCCACACCAGGGAGAGGCCGUUCAUCUGCUCCUACUGCGGGAAAGGGUUCUCCCACUCGUCCAUCCUGAUGACGCACCAGCGGGUCCACACCGGGGAGAGGCCGUACACCUGCUCCGAGUGCGGGAAGGGCUUCACCGACUCGUCUAAUCUGCUGACCCACCAGCGGGUCCACUCCGGGGAGAGGCCGUUCGUCUGCUCACUGUGCGGCAAGAGGUUCACUCGGUCUGACAACCUGAUGACGCACCAGCGAGUGCACACCGGCGAGAGGCCCUUCACCUGCCCCGAGUGCGGGAAGGAGUUCUGCCGCUCGUUCAGCCUGAUACGGCACCAGCGGGUCCACACCGGGGAGCGGCCGUACAUCUGCUCUGAGUGCGGGAAGGGGUUCUCUCAGUCCUCCACCCUGAUGAAGCACCAACGGAUCCACUCCGGGGAGAGGCCCUUCGCCUGCUCGCUGUGUGGGAAGAGGUUCACUUGGUUUGACAAGCUGAUGGCCCACCAGCGGGUUCACACCAGGGAGAGAGCCUCCCUCCAGGUGUGGGAAGGGAUCCACACGGUCAUCAAGGAAGAAGACACGACAGCAAAUUCGUACUAGCCAGGAGCCAUUUCACCUGCUCCAAGUGUGGGAAGGGAUUCACGGUCUGUAGGGGUCACCGGCCAGUCCACAGGUGUAUGCUGCUGGUGUGAGCCUUGGACCAGGUCUUAUACUCUUAAGAAUGUAGAUAUCUAAUGGAAGGUAUGAUUGGAUUUUUUUUAAUGGUUUUUAAUCCGUCCUGCUAUCAGGACCAGGGAGCCAGGCUUUUCGAGAGCAGAGUGGUGAAACAUUCCUCAAUGGUACAAGUCUGGGAGUUAAUGUUGGGUGAACUGUACAUUUUAAAUGUGAGAUUUAGGAAAUGACAGUAAGGAACAUUGCUCCAGAUGCUGGAAAUCUGAAAUGAAAAUUUUAAACACUGGAAAUACUCAGCAGGUCAGACUGUAUCUGUGAGAAGGGAAACCACUAACGAGUCUCAUUGCUUCACCGGCCCCUUCCGCUGAAGAAAACAACUUAAGCAUCUCCCGUUCGAUAAUCCAAAGUUAACACAGGUCAAAUGUUCAGUUACUGGAGGAUUGAGCAACACAGUGAAUCUGGUGUGGUGCUGGUUUUCAGAAGCCUGCACGUUUAUCCUCUGGGUCCUGUAUGCCCUGUAAAAGGAGUUUACAUAGGUCACCGAACAGAAAACUUUAAUGUGACUUAGCCGGUCGCUCGCUCACUUCCGUUGGCUUUGAUACUGACUUCAGGGGUGAGGCCAAAGCUCACACCGAAUUCUCCAGUGCAGUGACGGGAGGUCGCUGCAGUGUUGGACGUGAUGCCUUGCACACAGUUGGAAACGGAAACCCAAAAUACCAAAGUGAUCGCAGAGAUGAAGUACUAUAGAUAUGUGGAGAAGCUGAGUAAUCGGUAAUUGGUUUAUUAUUGUCUCACGUACCAAGAUACAGUGAAGAGCUUUUGUUUGCAUGCAGUCCAGACAGAUCAUUCCAUACGUAAGUACAUCGAGGUAGUACAAAAGGGGGGAAGAAAAAAAGAACAGAACAUAGAAAAUUGUGUUGCAGUUGCAGAGAAAAUGAGGUGCAGGUAGACAAACAAAGUGCAAGGGCCAUGACGAGGUAGAAUGAGAGAGCAAGAAUUUGUCUUUAUCAUACAAGAGGUCCGUUCAGGAUUCUUCUAACAGUGGGAUAGAAGCUGUCCUUGAGCCUGGUGGUACAUGUUCUCAGGCUUUUGUGUCUUCUGCCUGAUGGGAGGGGUGAG